UUUCAAGAAUCUAAUGCACAACAUUUAGUAAGAUUUUUUGACUUCUAGUUUAGUUGUAAGCAAGACUCAUUACUUUUUCACCAUGUUGAGGCAUCAGUUUUGUUGCAGUAAUAGCUAUUAGUAUUAUUUAAAGAGAAUUCUUUGAGAAUAUUUGAUUCAUUUUGGAGAAUAAGUUCCUGAUUUUUAGAGAUAUGCUGAAUAGAAUAAUAUGAAAAUUUUCAGGAAUAAUCCCCCUACCCCUAAUCAUGGAUACUGAUUUGAUUCAUAAGCAACCUAGUUAUUAAUAGUUGAAUUGGGCGUUGGCUCUAUUGUCAUGUCUGUCAGGAAGAUUUUGCUGCUUGGAUGGCUGGAAUUCGGCAUCGUAUUGGCUUUCAUUACCUUAUCUAAUGAGGAUUGCGGUAUCGACAUUACUCCUUCUGGCAGGAAGGCACUUAUUGUAAAUGAAGGCCUCAACAUUACAUGUACAGCUUCUGAAUGCAAUACUACUUCAUAUUAUAUUCAAUUUCACGCAAAAAUUGGUGGUGGAUCUAAAACGUUAAGUCAACAGGUCUGUUUUGAAUGCAGCCUCAUUAUUAAUGCUACUAUGAAUAUCAAUGGAGCUUUUUUGGAGUGCGCUUUUAUUGACACAAUUAAUCCAAAUGAAACAAAAUUGUCUGAGACAUUAGAGAUACUUGUUCAAAGUCAGCUUGGACCCAUUUCUGAUCUAGUGGUUUCUCGAUUGAGUGUUGCAGUACUUAAUAUCAGCUGGAGCCCUGUAUUAAUUUAUGAUGAAUUAUUAGGUUUACUAUCAUAUAAUGUCUGUUUUAAUGAUGAAACCUAUUAUAACACAACAUCCAAUACCUGGACAACAUUUAAUACUACAGAUCUAGAUCUAGUUCAAUGUGAUACCAUUAAUCUAUCAAUUACUCCUUUUAUUGCUGCAUCUGAUCAAACACUGGUUGGCAAUACAAGUCAAUGGAAUAUAACUUAUUAUAAUAAUAUGCUGAUUAACCGCCACACUAUCAUCAUGUAUGAGAAUGGUACUGUGUUAAUAACUAUAGUGAUUGAUACUUGCAGUUGUGAAAAGCCAGUGAGCAGUCAUGUCACAUUAAAGAAUAAAGCUAAUUUUUUCUCAGUGACAUUACCAGUAACACCUGUUAGUAACUGCUCAGGCAAUGCUAGUUUGAUGCUCCCCCCCUACGUGAGUAUUGAGGUUGAAGUAUGGCUAAAUUAUAGUAAUGGACUCACAAUGAUACAAAUGGAAAACAUUACAUUUGAUUCCAAUCCUCUUAAAAUUGAAUUCAUUAAUGGGACACCUCCUAGUAUACAGUGCACAUUUACUAAUGAUGUCCUGAUUAGUAAUCAUCACUUGGCUGGAUGUUUAGUGUAUUACGCUAAUAUAAGUCACCCAGCAUAUGCUUUGAGGGAUAAUGAUGAAUCUAGUGUUACAGUUAAUAUUACUGAUAUCAGUUCUGGAUAUUAUAAUAUCAGUGUGAUUCCUUUAACAUAUCCUGUUCAGGAUUUAUCAGUUAAUAUUAGUGCUCAACCAAUUAAGCCACAGCCAAGUACAUCGACUACUAUUGCCACAAGUACAAUAUACACUACUAUAACAGUAUUUAAUGCAACUGCAGUGUGUUCACCCACUCCUUCUACUUCUAGUAAACUACGAGAAGAGGAGGAAGACCGAAGACGAAGACAAGAGGAGGAAGACCAAAGACGAAGACAAGAGGAGGAAGACCGAAGACGAAGACAAGAGGAAGAAGACAGAAGACUACGAGAAGAGGAGGAAGACCGAAGACGAAGACAAGAGGAGGAAGACAAAAGACUACGAGAAGAGGAGCAAGACAGAAGACUACGACAAGAGGAGGAAGACACAAGACUACGACAAGAGGAGGAAGACAGAAGGCGACUAGUAGAAGAAAAUGGAAGACAACAAGAAGAGGAGGAAGACAAAAGACAACAAAAACUUCAAGAAGUGGAGGCUAGAGCAAUGGUAGACACUGAAAAAACCCAAGGAGUAAAAGGCUUGAUGAUUAGAAUGACAGGUGUAACAUUUGGUAUGCUAGGCAAGAAAAAUGAAUUAUUAAUAAGAUCACCAAGAAUUGACCAACUUCAGGAUGAAAGUAUGGAUUCGAGUUUUGAAAUGAAGGAUAUGUCAUCAAGCAAGAUGCCUGAAACACAAUCUUCAUGUGUCAGCUCUGGUGAUGAUGAUUUCAUAAGCUAUGAAGAUGGCCCAGUGCAAGAAAAAUCACAUAAUCAAGAAUCUUUGAUGGUGCCUAACAAGCUAAGUACAAUGUAGAUCUAUAUCAUCUAAGUUUUAAUAUUUUGAAACAAAAUAUUUAAAGUGUUAGUAGCUGCAUAAAAUUUUUGUUUAAUCUAUAAUAUUAUAUAGCCAGCUGAAAUUAUUUUUCAAGCACCACCAACAGUAACUGAAACAUUAAAUUGUUGCUCAUUACACAAAAAUUACUUUACAAUAAUGCAUGAAU